ACAUCUUCUUGCUUAAGUUGUAAUUAUCCCUUUAUUUUACUCCAACUCAAAGUAGAAGCCAACAGGAUUUCAGCUUUUCCAAGUCUAUUUACAUAAUAUAAUAAAAAGCAACUCCAAAUCUGUUUCUCAAUUUGCCAUGCUUCUUUGAAUUUGUUUUUAUUUUUUAAACUUAAUCUUCCCUUUCCUCCAAAUUCUUUGGCUUUUUACUUGCUGUGUUUACAACACCUGUAGUUUCUAAACCAAAUUGAGGCUCUUGGUCCGACAAUCGGACAAAAUACUCGAAACCACAGAUGCCCUUGAGGUAUGUGGUUUCCCUGCCCAUAUUCACCAUUUUCCUCUUAAAUCUCAUUUGCUUGAAAGCCAGAUAAUCUAGUCAUCUGGAAACAAAACAGAUGCGUAGGCGCUGGAUUUGCUGUUUUGCUACAUGGCAUUUGCCAGGAACAUCCUUUUAGUGCUGGAGGGGGCAGAGAAAAAGUUUGCACUUGUGUCUGCGUUGCAGAAAAAACCCACAGGCAGGGACACAUCCACUUGGAAACAAGGCUCCUCUGAAAGUAGGAGGGGACAGGAACUGAAGGUACCCUCCUCCUGGGGCAGGAGCCAGCUAACAGUUAUUCACGGUGCACGGAGCACUCACUCUGCACUGGAGCCAUCAGAGACAGAACCAGAGCCUCCCUUGACUAUAAUGGUGCCAGGGAAGGUGGAGUGUGCUGAGCUUCUUGCCAGGACCAUCGGGUGACACUGAGCCUGUGGAGAUAUGUCCACCUGUUUCUCCUACGUGCAUGCCAGUUCCUCCCACUGAAAACAGCUCAGCCUGCUGUUUAGAUUUCUUAGAAUUCCAGCCCCAGAGGACUACUCUAGGGAUACACUGACCUCACGUUAGGAACUUUACUACCUGGACCCUGGCAGACUUUUCAGUCUCUGACUGCUUGUUGCAACAGUUUUGAGGAAGCACGAGUCUCUCUCACAUGAGCAUCUGUCUGUGCUUGCUGCUACCUACACCGAGAGAGACCUGGCGAAGCUCCAGCCCUGGGCAUCCCGAAUAGCCUGAACCCUGAGGCUGCUCCUCCUGCAUCCACAUUUCACAGGUAUCCAGAAGCACAGAGAUGGUGGAAGCAGCCUGGAGAAAACCUAAAAUUUUCAACAUUCAAAGACACUGCAGUGGUGUUUGAUGUACAUAGAACACUGAGUUCACUGAAGAGCUCUGUAAUUAUUGCACUAAUUUGUUUUGACUUGCUGUCCCAGCCAAGGAGGGAUUGGUACAUAACCGGGACACAUGGGGAAUGUGCAGGAGAGCACUGGAGACCAUUUUGCUUGCCUCUGACUCACCCUGACUCUCCAGUGAAGCAGAAAGGAGAAAACAUCACACCACCCCAGGGUGGCCAGCCUUUCUUUGACUAUUAUUGUGAAUCACACAGUUCCUUUCCAAAUACACAGUUAGCCAUAGCUGUGGUUCAACUAAGACUUUUAGCUCAAGGAAAGCUGUAGAAGAGGAGACAGUAUGAGGCGGGAAGAGGAGGAAGAGGAGAGAACCAGGGCAAAUGCAAAAGGGAACUUACAGGUAAAGGAGGAGGAGGAGAUCCACGAGAUGGGAGAACUGGCCAGCCCCUUUGUGAGUGCCAUGUCCACCCCGGUGCCCCACAACAAGGGGACCCGGUUUUCUGAGGCAUGGGAGUAUUUCCACCUGGCGCCUGCUCGUGCUGGGCACCACCCUAACCAAUACGCCACUUGCCGUCUGUGUGGAAGGCAGGUGAGCCGUGGCCCCGGGGUGAAUGUGGGCACCACCGCCCUGUGGAAGCAUCUGAAGAGCAUGCACAGAGAGGAACUGGAGAAGAGUGGCCAUGGUCAGGCAGAGCAGCGCCAGGACCCAAUGGCUCAAGGGCCCCAGCUCCCCAUGGGCAUUGAGGGUGACUGGGCCAGGCCCCUACAGCAGGUGGGGACUCUGACUUUGUGGGCCAGUCAAAGAGAAAAGGACCUUCUUAGGAGGGAGAGGGCAGUGGAGUGGCGGGAGCGGGCCAUGGAAAGGAGAGAGUGAGCUGUGGAGGAGGUGGAAAGGGCCAUUCUGGAGAUGAAAUGGAAGGUGAGGGCUGAGAGGGAGGCCUGCCAGGGGGACACAGACAGGCCUGCAGCAGCUCACCCCUUCCACUUUGUUUAAGUAUGGCUUGGGGAGAUCUAUUCUAGAACACUGACUUUAGACUCAUAGCAAAAAGCCAUUUUAGUUCCAGCUUAAAGAUAUAGCAAAGCAAUUCAGUGGGAUUUUGUUUUUAAGAGAAGGAGUGCGUACUAUGGGUUAAUCUCAGCAGGUCUGAAUAACCAAUGCCUAUUUACAGGGUUCCUAGUGCUGUACUAAUUAAAAACUUUAAAAUAUACUAACUAACUAUAGAUGUUGUUUUGCUACCAUGGGUCUGUGACUUGUUUGUGGCAGAAUGUACCAGCCAGCCACCGUUGUUGAGUGAAAAGAGUGGGAGUUAUGCCUAGCGGUUGGUUUUGGUAAAGCUGAAGGUUUUGAUAGUUGAAGCCAGUUGGGUAGCUGGACUGCACCUGCAUGACCACCAUCCCCUGAGCAACCUCCACCAAUGAGCAGAGCUCAGGCUUCCUGGGACCAGGAAGGUGUUUGUAUGCAUGUGGUGGUGAUUUGAGAACUGGAUACAAAGCUUGUUCUGUGGAAUCCAGCAGUGGAAGGACAAAGAAGCUUGGUCCUGAAAUCUCCAGACCUUUCUAAUAUGUACCUUUCUUCCAAUGGUAUAGUGCUGUCUCAUCCGCUUUUAUUAAAGCUGUUUCCUCACUAUUACCUGUCUGAAUCUUGCAAGUCUUUUCAACAAUGUAAUACGUAAAUAAAUAAUGCAUAAUCAGCAAAGAGAGAAUUAAAUACUUUACAACUCCUUUGAAUUAAACAUUAAGGAUAUAGGAUAUAAAAUUUUAUUUAUAAAUAGUUA